CAGCCACAUGGGGCUUCAGAUUGAGCUGUUCUCAGCUGAGAAACCUUGGCAAGGUGCAGCAAUAGCCAAGUAAAACACAACGAUUAAAGUGUAACUCAGACUACAUCGAGUCACUGUCAGUCGCUACGAGGAAACAGACGGUGGUUGUAUUUUACGAACGUUUUAAUGAAAAGUAUGGAUUACAGCAAACAAAUUAAGGCACACCGCUACGGAGUUUCAACAGAUGUGCACGGUUUGAUCCUCCAUACCACAGGACCACAACCAUGGAUUCCAUUCCGAUGACCACACUGAUUUAAUCUGCAAUAAUAACUUUUCAAAUAGCCCAGGAUAGGAGUACCCAGAAAUGUAGUGCAUCUAUUUUCACCAGUAGAUGGGAGGAGAAGAUACCGGUCAGUGAUCAUAUCUCCAAAACAAGCUUGGCAUAUUACCGUUUGAGCCUGAGGAGGAUUUCCUGCAUGCUCUCCGUCUCUUGUCUCAGCUUUGGAGACAACACACUGUGACUUCCCAUCAUCAUCUAGAAACAACAUGUUCAAGAUUUCAAGACUUCAUUAACCAAAAUAUCUCAGGGUUGGGAGCCAUGGAGACGAAUGGGUCAGUGAUGGAUGAAGAGAAGACUCGUCUGAGUUCAGUUUCCAAUGAAACUUCCACACGCUACGGUUCCAUAGCUGACAGCCUUCCUACUGAUGAGCCAUCCACAGCGGAGACAACAGUCCUCUCUUCACGACGCUCCUAUAUAACCGUAGCUGUGCUCUGUUAUGUCAACUUAAUCAAUUACAUGGACCGAUACACAAUCGCAGGGGUCCUUCUCAGUAUCCAGAAGUUCUUUGAUAUAACUGACAGCACGUCUGGACUACUACAGACAGUUUUCAUCUGCAGUUUCAUUAUUUUGGCUCCAAUCUUUGGGUACCUUGGCGACCGCUACAACAGGAAGUUCAUCAUGAUUGGCGGGCUGAGUGUGUGGGUGGUGAUGACCCUGAGCAGCUCUUUUGUCACAGAAUCGUAUUUCUGGCUGCUGGUGCUGUUGAGAGCCCUGGUGGGGACAGGAGAGGCCAGCUACUCCACCAUCGCCCCUACCAUCAUAGGAGACCUGUUCUCUGGAGCCAAGAGGACCGUCAUGAUCUCUGCCUUCUACAUCUUCAUCCCUGUUGGAAGUGGUCUGGGAUACAUAAUAGGAUCCUCUGUUGCCAAUGCCACUGGAGACUGGCGUUGGGCCUUACGGCUCAAUCCCAUCCUGGGUUCCCUGGGUCUGUUCCUGCUGGCUGUGUUUUGCCCCAACCCCCCACGAGGGGCCUCUGACGGCCAUGGAGGAAGUACCAUAGAGCACACCUCUUACCUGGAGGACGUCAAGUAUCUUCUGAAGAAUAAGAGUUUUGUGUGGUCAUCACUGGGAGUUACUGCCAUGGCUUUUCUGACUGGAGCUCUGGCCUUCUGGACACCCAUCUUCCUGAGCCGAGCUCAGGUCGCUCAAGGCAUCCAGCCACCCUGCAACACUGAACCCUGCGACACCUCCGACAGUUACAUCUUUGGGGUCGUGACGGUGAUGACGGGUAUUUUGGGUGUUUCGUUGGGCAGCACCAUCUCCAGGAAACUGAGGGACAGGGUGCCCAACGCAGACCCCCUCAUCUGUGCUGUGGGCAUGCUCGGCUCCGCCCCCUGCUUCUUCGCCGCUAUCGUACUGGCGUCUACAAGCAUCCCUGCCACUUAUGUGUUCAUCGGCAUUGGGGAGACUCUAUUGUCACUGAACUGGGCCGUUCUAGCUGAUAUCCUACUGUAUGUGGUGGUGCCAACCAGGAGAGCUACAGCUGAAGCUCUGCAAAUCAUGGUCUGUCAUCUCCUAGGAGAUGCCGGAAGCCCUUACCUGCUAGGAUCUAUCUCAGACGCUCUGCGUACAUACCAGCCUGACUCUCAUACGUGGAGUUUCCGUAGUCUGGAGUACAGUUUCCUGCUGUGCCCUUUCGUAGGGGUCCUGGGUGGGCUCUUCUUCCUCAUGACAGCCCUCUACAUCACAAAGGACAGGAAGAACGCAGAGCUACUCACUGCAGGGGUGUGUGAUCCAGUAGAUCCUCCUACUCGGUUUAGUGCCAUGGCAGGCUCCACAGAUUGCUGAGGUGAAACUGGGAUCCUUGGAGGACACUCGGGCUAGAGGAAGAUAUGUUAGGUUAGAUGUUGUUUGGUAUGUGACCAAACUGAGAGUUGGGGUGAUUGUCUGUAGUACCCCAGACCACUCUAUAUGAGAAAAUAAUGCAACUGGUAAAACGGAUUCCAAAGCUGCACACUGAUCCAAAGAAAAUGAGUUGUGGUCCAUCGUACACAGAACUGUUGUUAAAUGAUGUGCCUUUUAUUGCAAAAAAUGUACACCCAUUUUAUAAUUAAGGUCUUUUUGUCUGACCACAUCAAUGUUUUUAUCUCACACAACCUUAAUUGGGGUGGCAGGUAGCCUAGUGCUUUGAGCGUUGGGACAGUAAUUGAAAUGUUGCUAGAUCGAAUCCCCGAGCUGACAAGGUAAAAAUUGGUUGUUCUGCCCCAUGAACAAGGCAGUUAACCCACUGUUCACCGGUAGACCGUCAUUUUAAGUAAGAAUUUGUUCUUACCGGACUUGCCUAGUUAAAAAAAUAAAAAAUUGUCCUUGUAGUGUCCUAAACCAUACCUGCCCCUGAACAACUGAAUUUUCGGGGGAACAAACCAGCAACAAUUGAAAAAAAAAUGAAUCUGUCAACCCAUCCAUUUAGUUAGGACGUUCCAGAUUGACCUCUCCCUCCCCAGGCCCAAGCGUUCCUCUUCCACCCAGCAGCCAGCUGCUUCUUGCUAAUGAGGACGGUAGGUGCUGUAGCAGGAGGUCCUGGGUUUAAGAUGGAGGCUUCUCCACUCCACCUCACAGUGUGCAAGGGAAUCCCCUGCCAAUUCUCACUUUUUUUUCUAGCUUGGUCAAUCCACCUAUUAAAAUCACUGCAAAAUGAUUAGAAUAAUGACCAUGUGGCAAGAAAUGUGGAGUUUAGUUGCUGUUGAGUAUAUGUACAUUGAACUAAAAUAUAAAAGCAACAUGCAAAGAUUGAAAAUAUUUUACUGAGUUACUUAUAAGGAAAUCGGUAAAUUGAAAUAAAUGAAUUAAGCAGUAAUCUAUGUAUUUCACAUGACUGGGAAGGGGUGCAGCCAUGGGUGGGCCUUGGAGGGCAUAGGCCCACCCACUUGGCAGCCAGGCCCACCUACUUGGCAGCCAGACCCACCCACUUGGUAGCCAGACCCACCCACUUGGCAGUCAGGCCCACCCACUUGGCAGUCAGGCCCACCCACUUGGCAGUCAGGCCCACCCACUUGGCAGUCAGACCCACCCACUUGGAAGCCAGGCCCACCCACUUGGCAGUCAGGCCCACCCACUUGGCAGCCAGGCCCACCCACUUGGCAGCCAGGCCCACCCACUUGGCAGCCAGGCCCACCCACUGGGAAGCUAGGUCCAGCCAAUCAGAAUGAGUUUUUCCCAACAAAAGGGAUUUAUUAUCACAGACAGAAAUACGCCAUGUUUUCCCCAGCACAAGGUGCACCUGUGUAAUGCUCAUUCUGUUUAAUCAGCUUCUUGGUAUGCCACACCUGUCAGGUGGAUGGGUUAUCUUGGCAAAGGAGAAAUGCUCAUUAACAGGGAUGGAGAAAAAAAUGUGUGCACACAAUUUGAGAGAAAUAAGCUUUUUGUGCAUAUGGAAAAUGUCUGGGAUUUUUUAUUUUUUUUUCAGCUCAUGAAACAUGGGACCAACACUUUGCAUGUUGCAAUUAUAUUUUUGUUAAGUGUAAAUGUGUGUUUCUAUCAAAGUAAAACAUUUGGUGUGUAUUUAAAGUCUUGUCAAGCCUAGUGCUCUUUGAGCCUACGUUGCACACUUUUUUUCAGUCUAAUCAUAUUCACUUGAAAUGGCGAUGUUUCAUCAGAAAAACAACAAAUGCAGUGAUUCAGACAUGGCUGCAGAACAGUUCAGUGGAAAUUGAGCAGGAAUGAAGUACAUUACAAACAUUUUUCUGAGAGUUUAACAGAGAAACGUUUAAAUAUGCCAAUGAAUCUUGCAGGAUGUGAAUGUAGUCUACCAUUAGGAAGGCUGCUUGUGUUCGAAGCAGAAAUUAGGUACAUGUAUUGUCUGUCCUGACAGUACGCUGGCAUUACUGGCUGUGUGGAGACUGAAUGGGGUUUUAAUAUCCCUGUGUUCUGGGCUCUAGCUAUUAAUGAGCUUGGUACCCUCCCAUCACCUGACUAAUAAGCAGAGCUGGUAAGAGGUCAUCUAUCUCUACCAACAUUCAAGAUGCUGCUAACCCACCUGUUCCUAAACAACCAUAACCAUGUUCCACUCCUAACCAGCCAUAAUGAUAAAACAUUUUACUACCAGUACUUGAAGUUUAGGGUGGAUUAAAAAAAGAUAAAGUAUUAAAUGACGUCACCUGGUGCCCGAAUAGCAACUUACAGUAGAUCUCACAAGGGAAGAGCUGUCCACAUACAGUUGAAGUCGGAAGUUUACAUACACCUUAGCCAAAUACAUUUAAACUCCGUUUUUCACAAUUCCAGACAUUUAAUUCCAGUACAAAUUCCCUGUCUUAGGUCAGUUAGAAUCACCACUAUUCUAAUGUCAAAAUAAUGGUAGAGAAUGAUUUAUUUCAGCUUUUAUUUCUUUCAUCACAUUCCCAGUAGGUCAGAAGUUUACAUACACUCAAUUAGUAUUUGGUAGCAUUGCCUUUAAAUUGUUUAACUUGGGUCAAAUGUUUUGGGUAGCCUUCCACAAACUUCACACAAUAAGUUGGGUGAAUUAUGGUCCAUUCCUCCUGACAGAGCUGGUGUAACGGAGUCAGGUUUGUAGGCCUCCUUGCUUACACACGCUUUCUCAGUUCUGCCCACAAUUUUUUUAUAGGCUUGAGGUCAGGGCUUUGAUGGCCACUCCAAUACCUUGACUUUGUUGUCGGUAAGCUAUUUUGCCACAACUUUGGAAGUAUGCUUGGGGUCAUUGUCCAUUUGGAAGAGCCAUUUGCGACCAAGCUUCAACUUCCUGACUGAUGUCUUGAUGUUGCUUCAAUAUAUCCACAUAAUUUUCAUCCCUCAUGAUGCCAUCUAUUUUGUGAAGUGCACCAGUCCCUCCUGCAGCAAAGCACCCCCACAACAUGAUGCUGCCACCCCCGUGCUUCACAGUUGGGAUGGUGUUCUUCAGUUUGCUAGCUUCCCCUUUUUACUCCAAACAUAACGAUGGUCAUUACAGCCAAACAGUUCUAUUUUUGUUUCAUCAGACCAGAGGACAUUUCUCCAAAAAGUACAAUCAUUGUCCCCAUCUGCAGUUGCAAACCGUAGUCUGACUUUUUUAUGGCAGUUUUGGAGCAGUGGCUUCUUCCUUGCUGAGCAGCCUUUCAGGUUAUGUCGAUAUAGGGCUAGUUUAACUGUGGAUAUAGAUACUUUUGCACCUGUUUCCUCCAGCAUCUUCACAGGUUUAAUUGCUGUUGUUCUGGCAUUGAGUUGCAAUUUUUGCACCAAAGUACGUUCAUCUCUAGGAGACAGAACCCGUCUCCUUCCUGAGCAGUAUGAUGGCUGCGUGGUCCCAUGUUGUUUAUACUUGCGUACUAUUGUUUGUACAGAUGAAUGUGGUACCUUCAGGUGUUUGGAAAUUGCUCCCAAGGAUGAAACAGACUUGUUGAGGUCUACAAUGAUGUUUCUUAGAUCUUGGCUGGUUGCUUUUGAUUUUUCCAUGACGUCACGCAAAGAGGCACUGAGUUUGAAGGUAGGCCUUGAAAUACAUCCACAGGUACACCUCCAAUUGACUCAAAUGAUGUCAAUUAGCCUAUCAGAAGGUUCUAAAGCAAUGACAUUUUCUGGAAUUUUCCAAUCUGUUUAAAGGCACAGUCAAUUUAGUGUAUGUAAACUUCUGACCCACUGAAAUUGUGAUACAGUGAAUUAUAAUCUGUCUGUGAACAAGAAAUUUGUUAAGUGGUCGUAAAAAUGAGUUUUAAUAAUUCCAACCUAAGUGUAUGUAAACUUCCGACUUCAGCUGUAUGACACAUCACACCUUACUCAGUGGCAGAUGGUUACAUUGACAUUAUAAAUUCAAACAUUUAUUUAACAAAUAAACAAAUUCAAACGUGUAUUGUACGUCAACAGGGAUAGGCUAAAUCAUGAAUGUAAAACUAGCUACUGAAUAGAGGGGGAAAUGAUCUAGUAGUUCAUACAAGUAAAUUAACUUUAAAAAAUGUAUUUGAUAAUGUUACUUUGCUGUCUACAAUUUUAAAUUUGCUGUUGUGGCAAAAUCAAUUUGAUUCCAUCCCCGCAGGAACGCAUCGAACCAAAAUAUUCCUUCGGGGAAGCUCCCAAGCCAUCAAGACCCACGCCUCACGCCAUUGGCCGUUCGAUAGCCACGCUUUCACCGCCGCGUUCGAGGAGUAGCAGUCUGCCUGCCACAGUGCCACAUCCAACCAGCUAAUAGUAGGAUUAUUUACUGACAGAUAGCAAGCUAAAUGCCACCACGCUCCAUGUAAAUUUAGCAAGCUAGCUAGCGGAUUAGAUAUGUUAAUUAGUAAAAUUGUUUGUUUUCAGUUACAAAAAUUUAGCUAAAGUUGCAUCAUUGGCAUGGUGGUUUUGACCUGGGUCCACCCUAUGUUCCCCCUCGGCCCUAUGUUCCCCCUCGGCCCUAUGUUCCCCCUCAGCCCAAUGUUCCCCCUCAGCCCAAUGUUCCCCCUCAGCCCGAUGUGUCCCCUCAGCCCUAUGUUCCCUCAGUACCCACUGAACCAAUUUCAAUCAAAAUUGGCUCAAAUGCUUACUGCCCAAAUAAUUUGUUUUGUAAUCAAUUUUGGCCUUGUUUGGGGACGGAGAUCAGCAGAAUAAUACCCAGGGUGCUUUGCAAGUGUUAAUUUUCACGUAAAAGUGUCUGCUAAAUGAAUAAUGUUACCACACUAUAGUGUCAUGGCACUUCUGAUACCAAUGCAGUACAUUUGGGGUCAUAGGGGGCAUGGUUAGGGAGUAACAGAUUUCAUGUAAUAUUUUACAUGUAACGGAUUACAAAAAACAAACUGUAAUCCAUUAAAUUACCAGCAAAAAUAUUGUAAUCUGAUUACAGAUACUUUUGAAAAAGUAGAUCAUUAUUAAAAAGGACUACUUGUAAUUUCAGAAAGGAUGUUUGUGUAAAAAAAAAAAUUGGCCCACAUUUCUGUUUUCACGACAUUGAAAAGGUACAUUGAAAAGGCACAAGUUUAAGUUUUCCGCCUGAGCAAGUCUGACCACAAAUCAGAGACCACUCUGAUGACACGCUAUGAUGCGUUUGAUGGAUCGCUGAAAAGGAGCAGGAAUAGGCUUUUAUAGGCUACAGUCUAAACUAGGUCUUCCAAUAGUGCGACUGCUGUCGACAUCCAGAGAUUAUCCAAUUUGAAUAAAAUCUUGGGGUAAGAAUGACAGCAGUGGUGGAGCCGAUGGGCGAUACGGAUUUCACUUAUUAUUGACAUCUACAUAGCGCGUUGAUGUGAAUCACACUGCUGCUCUCUCAUUUAGCUGUUUACGCUUUAUGGAUUGUUGUGGUUGGCUGUUCACAAAUGUAUGUUUAUUUGAACUCAAUAAUGGUUUAAUUAAAUAAGUUUAAACUGCCUAUCAAUCAUUGUUUUUGCGACUAGUGCGCAAUAGGGUGUAAAAUUCACUCUUGCAACAGCUGCAUUGUGUGGAUCCCUGCCUAUAGAAUAUAAGGUUGAGGAGUUUCUCCCUUCUAAACUCGUGCGUGGUAUUGUGCUCCACAUACUGUCAAAAACAAGUUUAAUUUAAGAAGACAACGAGUUUGGCUUUUGUUGCUCAAUCUAAUUUGUGCUGAUAAAAAAUAUAUCCAUAGGCCUAAUGGACAUGUGCAAACUGGCACACUUUUGAUAGACUUAAACGGCUGCAAAUUACCAAGAUAUUGAAAGUGUCACCGACAAAAAUGUAAACUAUAGGCCUGUAGCAAAUUCAGCAUUAGGCAUUUAGCACUCUCGGUAGUGCUCAAAGCAUGCCGUUCUAUGAGAGCAGCAUUUAUUUUUCAACUCGAAGCAAUCAGUCCUCCAUGACAACAAAAUCAUAAACAACAGAGAAGGCUAACUAGGAGGGGGAGUUGGAGACAGACAAGCUUGGCUAGAGAAAGAGGGAAUUAAGUAUUUAUCAAUACUACAAUGUAAUUGUAUUUAUUUUUGUGACUUGCAAACCUGCUGUAAAAUGAAUAAGAGUUCUGGCCAAAUUAGGAGAUGAGGCCAAGUCAUUAUUAUUCCUUGUGUGCCCAUUUAUAGUUUAGGAGCCAAUGGUGGUCAUUGGAGAGAGUGGAGAUGGCUCUAUCAGAGGGAUUGGGACCGGAGAACUGGGAGGGCAUCAGACACUUCUCUGAAGUAUGUGUGGUGCCUCCACUCAUCUCACUUCGGUCUCUCUGUGGACCCACUCUCCCCAAGUAGAGCCCCACCAGCCACUAUACUUUCAUUUAAUUCACAAGUUAUUACAAACUGACCACAGUAUUUAAGUGGCAGUCUUUCUCCAGUGUAUUUACAAUGACAUAAUCCACAGAUUUGUGGUACAUUAGUGCAGAAGUAGGAACUUAAAAGCCCUAAAAAGGCACAUUGCCUCAAAGUACAUAGAAGUACUUUAUGUUUUGUUUGUGUUCUCUGUUAAUAAAUGUUUGCCCAGCCUACAUGUUCCUACCUGUUCACAUGUUUUAUAUAUGUAAUGUAUACAAUAACUAUUCAUUAACUGAAAACUAUGUUGUUGGCAAAGAGAUAUGGAACUCUUUCUUAUUGGUCUAUUAACUAAUUUACCCAAAACUCCACCCCGCCAAAACAGGCUGAAAUUUCAGGCCAUCUUUUCAAACAGCUCUUAUACUACAAGGGCAUUUUCAUAAUUUUUAUUAAUCGUAGACAACUCAAGCCAUAUGAAUUUAUAAUCAACAAUUCAGAUUUAUUCAAAAUAGAUAAACAUCAUUGUUAUCAACCCCUUGUACAGCCGGCCCGCUCAUUAGGCAGGAUUAGCUGGGCCCGCUCAUUAGGCAGGAUUAGGCAGGCUCUCAUUAGGCAGGAUUAGGCGGUCUCUCAUUAGGCAGUUUUUCAUUAGGCCGGAUUAGGUGGUCUCAUUAGAAUCGGCCUUGAUUAUCACAUUCACGGACAUUGAUUUUUGGUCCGACCAAAUCCGAACCUAUCACAGACGUCUAUGUUUUGUUCAGAUUUGGUGCGGUCUGGACCAGACAAACACAGACGUUUAUAAAUUACAUUACAUUUAAUUACAUUUUCAACUUUCAUUCAGAACUGAAAAUGUACCUGAUAUCAUAGUCUGGAAAAUACGUAUUUUCCAAUGUCUUUAACGCCUUUUCAACAACCGGAAUAAUACGAUUUUUCACCCUUUCAUUCUGAACCUAAAUUUGACCUAAUUUCAACAUCUGGAAAAUACGUAUUUUAGACGUCUUUUCAACGUGAUUUUGCUUAAUGGGACUAUUCUACUUUUGCAGGGGCGGCAUAUUUUUGGUCUCGCCUAGGGGGGCAGAAAGGCAAGGACCGGCCCUGACCCCUUGCCUUGGGGGACAUGGUAACUUUAGCAGGACAAAAUGCAACUAUACAAAGUAGAAAGGGAGAGAGGAAGAGACAGUCCAUCACCAGCAUACUUGUAGUUUUUGUAUCUAAAACCUGCAAUUAUAUUUAUAAUCCAAUCUAAUUCGUUGGCUAGUUUGUCAGUUUACGUAUAGCAUUCAUUGUAUUUAGCUCGCUAUCUGCGACGCAGCCGGUAGCUAGCGAGCUACUUUGCCGCUUUGGAUGCAGCAGGCAGACUACCGGCCGAGAUCAGCCAUGCUUCUUUUCUUCUCCCUCAUAUGCAGGCUAAAUAGCGAUAUAAAUCAACAGUCAAUCCAGUAGGGUCUGGAAACUAUAGUCAACUUCGAUUGGUCAAUCUCAACGGGAUGUCGCGGAGUAAAUUCAAUAAAAUAAAUCAGUUCAUUCAAAUGUUGGUCCUUCAUUGAAAAUGAAUAUUUGUUUUGAAUAUUGUGUUUUAUCGCCCCCCAAAGUGUUAUAUGAAUCUAUUGUGAGUUUCUCCUUCGGAUGCAGCGGUGGAAGCGUUGCUGAGAGCCCAUUGGCUAUCGGAAAGGUCAAUGUUGUGGGUAUUGAAGGUUUGGGAGCUUUUCCCGGAAGAAACAUUUCGGUUCAACUUGCCAGGAGGAACAUCUCGUGUGACUUGCGGAGCGCUCUCUUCCGGUAGUAUAAAGAUUGCCACGAGUUAGCUCGCCGAGUCGGAGAGUAUCCAUCUUGAAAAGCAGCCUCCGGCACCUUGCUCAAUUUUAAACGGUGAUCACUAUGUCUGACGACGCUGAACAGCAAUUAAUGGAGACGUCCGAAAAUGGAAACGAAGCAGAAGAGUUGAAUGGAGCAGAAGAAUCCACAUUACAGGCCGAAACGGAGGAACAAGACAAACAGAGUUGUGAGGAAGAGGCUGCUGUGGAGGAAGUGGACGCCCAGAACGGAGCGGCAGAAGGGGGACAGAUAAAUGCAAGCAAAGGCGAGGAUGACGCUGGCAAAAUGUUUGUUGGUGGACUUAGCUGGGACACUAGCAAAAAAGACCUGAAAGACUACUUCUCCAAAUUUGGAGAGGUGACAGAUUGUACCAUCAAGAUGGACUCAAACACAGGAAGGUCACGCGGGUUUGGGUUCAUCUUGUUCCAAACGGCAGCAAGUGUAGACAAGGUUCUUGAGCAGAAAGAACACAGGCUAGAUGGACGACAGAUAGACCCAAAGAAGGCUAUGGCAAUGAAGAAGGAACCAGCCAAGAAGAUCUUUGUUGGUGGUCUAAAUCCAGAAGCGACAGAGGAGACCAUCAGAGAAUACUUUGGAACCUUUGGGGAGAUUGAAUCCAUCGAACUCCCAGUGGACCCCAAAUUCAAAAAAAGGAGGGGUUUUAUCUUCAUCACGUUCAAAGAAGAGUCCACUGUUAAAAAAUGCCUUGAGAAAAAGUUCCACAAUGUGUGUGGAACUAAAGUUACAGAUGGAAAGGAAGGUCUUGUAUGUAUAUUUCUUUAUUUUUCUACUUACUGUUGGUGGAGAUGUGCAUGCUGGGUGUAUCCUAUGUCAAUUUGGAUAAGCAUCCUAUCUGUGUGUGAAAUGCUAACUUGUGUCUAAUUGCAACUUUAUUUGUGUAUAGUCUUCAUUCCCUGCUGAAAUGCUUUGGGGCAUGGUCACUCACCCUGGCUUGAAAUAAUGUAUCCUCACUAGGGCUGGGUGGUAUACCAUAUUUUACGAUAUACCGGUAUUGAUGUACGGACCGGUUUGGGUUUUUACUUUACCUUCUAUACUGGUAUUUGAAUGUUUGGUUUGUUAAAUGUGAUAAACCGUGGGUAACAUCCAUUUGCAUAGUUUACUUGGCUACUUGAGUCAUCUCUCUCUCAUGCUGCUUUCUACAGACCUAGCCCCGCCCCCUGUCACUCAAAGAGCGCCUUGUUGUUCCUCAACCACGAGACACUUGCGUUCAGUCUCUCUGCAUGAUCAAUGCAGCACAUACAACAAUGAUGCUGUUUUCACUUUGCUUCUUCAUAUAAAUCCACUAGUGUUCUAUAAUGACACUAUUAGUUUGUUUCUUACAUCAGCAAACCGCUCGUUUGUCUUAGCAAGUUGCCCUAAAUCUUGAGCCGCUAAUAGCUAUAUGUUAGCUACAUGAAGUAGCUAAGAGAACAUGCAAUGUAUCUGACGCUUAUAGGGUCCCCUAGGAAACAGAAUUAGAAUAGUCGUUCUAUUUCCACGAUUGCAACAGUUAUGCUCAACUUUUACUUCACUGCAUUCCUAAAUAAAAUACAGUACUUUUUACUCCAAACAUUUCCCCUGACACCUAAAAGUACUCGUUACAUUUUGAAUGCUUAGCAGGACAGGAAAAUGGUCCAAUUCACACCCUUGUGAAGAGAACAUCCCUACUGCCUCUGAUCUGGCCGACUCACUAAACACACAUGCUUUGUUUUUAAAUUAUGUUUGAGUGUGCCCCUGGCUAGCCAUACAUUUUUAUUUUUAAAUAUAUAAUAAACCUAGAAAAUGGUGCUCUCUGGUUUGCUUACUAUAAGGAAUUUGAAGUUAUUUGUACUUUGAUACUUAAGUACAUUUUAUCAAAUACUUUUGAUACUAAGUGUAUUUAAAACCAAAUUCUUUUACUCAAGUAGUAUUUAACUGGGUGACCUGCUCGAGUAACUUUCACAUCUUUACUUUUACUCAAGUAUGACUAUUGGUUACUUUUUCCACCACUGCAAUUGAGUGCAGGAAAUGAUAAACGUGCUGAAAUUUGUUUUGGUUGAAGGUGAAUUGUUUUAUACUGUUCAAUCAGAAUGGAGAGACUCAUUGAAACCACUUAGAAUAUGUGUUGCCACCCUGGGAUCGCUCGCUACUCCUAGAGCACCCUGGGAUCGCUCGCUACUCCUAGAGCACCCUGGGAUCGCUCGCUACACCUAGAGCACCCUGGGAUCGCUCGCUACACCUAGAGCACCCUGGGAUCGCUCGCUACUCCUAGAAUAAUAAAAGCUCAACAUUUGCACUAACUAAAAAAAACUUACUUUUUUUAAUACCGUGAUAUAUUUUGGCCAUAUCUCCCAGCCCUAAUCUCACUGACAUUUUCAUGUUGCAUGCAAGAGUUGUUUUCAUGGUGUUAAAUUAUUUGACCGCUUCGUUUCAUCAAUUUGAACACAUUUUUCUUAUUUGCAUUUUAGAGUUCAGAUUUGUAUUUUUUUGUAUUUAAAAAAUAUAUAUAUUUGUAUUGACAUUCAGUGUGACUGAGAUGGGGGUCCAGUGUGAGCUCUAAGCUAAAAUCAAUGCUUCAACUUAAGAUGUGACUUGUCUGAAUUAGCCCUAGCAUGUUUGUACUCCAUGCUGCGAUCUCUUUACAGCAUCCUGUAUAAUUAAACAUCCUCGUUUGUCAUCCCAGUGUGAGAUAAAAAUCGCCCAGCCCAAAGAGGUGUACCAGCAGCAGCAAUUUGGAGGCCGUGGUGGCGCCAGCUAUGGAGGAGGCCGGGGAGGCAGAGGCCGUGGUGGUGGCCAAAACCAGUAUGGCAACCAGGGUUAUAAUAACUACUGGAACCAGGGCUAUGGCAGCCAGGGCUAUGGCAGCCAGGGCUAUGGCAACCAGGGCUAUGGUUAUGGUGGGCAGCAGGCCUAUGGAAACUAUGGCGCUUACGGCAACUAUGACUACUCUGCUGGAUACUACGGAGGUGGCUAUGGAGGGGGCUACGACUACAACCAGGGCAAUACAAGCUAUGGGAAAACUCCAAGACGUGGAGGUCACCAGGGUAGCUACAAGCCAUACUGAUCUCAUGUAGUGCAGGACUCAAGUAAUCCAGAUUUGAGACUGGGGUGCGGCAGUGUGCAGGACUUCAUUCUUUCCUUUGGGAUGACAGACUUGAACUCCACUUGUACAGACCAUCUGAGGAACUGGGGGAAGCAAAUGUCACGUUUCCACAGUUUUUUUUAUUUCAUCAUUUUUUUUUUUUUUUGGUCCACAUUUCCAGAGAUGGAAGUAAUUUUUACUGUACUUUUUGGUACCUUUUGAAUCUAAUGUAUUGUAUGGUAUUUUACAUGGCGACUGGAUUUACAUGAGCAUCGAAAGCUGUCGGAGCUUUUCAAAUAAAGCAAUUUUGAGUAAUUUUUUUCUGGUUUCUAGAUUACUUUCUUUUCUGACUCUGCAAGUUGGCAACAGAACUUUCAACAAGGAAUUCGGUGUAGGAUUGGCGAUCAUGUUAAAAAAACAAAAAAAAGGGAUUUAUCUGAUUAUUUUUUUUCUUCCCCCUUUUAAGAUUUGUCUCUAGAGAAUGUCUGCUUGUAAAUGGAAGCAACCAAUAUAUUUUGGAUUCAUUUUUAAUUUUGACCUGUGUUAAGUGGCAUUUACACCUAGUUUUAUGCUUAAAAUAUUGCAGGGGGGGUUGCAGCCCCCUGGAAUUACAUUCCACCAGUGUCUUUGGCAAAUUGUUAUAAAUAAACAUUUUUGUUUAA